GCGGGCCUCUUCCUUCGGGACUUCUCUUCUGCAACGAAGCCUCUCUAUUUUUCUUCCUCUUUGCUUCGAGUCUUUGGGCAGGGCUUUUCGAUCGAUCCAGUUGAGGUUCCAUAACCUGGUGCUUCUCCUCUAUCUGCAACAUCGCCACAUCUGUUCGGGAGUGCCAGAUCUCUGCAGUUUCAUCUUGUUUUCGCCACUGCUAUAGCAACCCAAUCGUGGCGGAAGAUAACCUGGGUUCUAUGGUCAGCCGGAUCCGAAUUGCAGAGAACAAAGCCGAGAUCCUCCCACUGCAUCUGUUCCGGAAACAGGAUGAUGCUAAAGUGAAAAUGUUACAGGUGGUUGGGAACUUGCUAUCCCGACGGAGGAUCAGCCUUAAUGGCCUCCAAAACGUUUUAACGACUUCCGGGAACCCUAAGAAAGCUCUUGUAAUUGUCGAUCCAGGUGGCUGUCAUUGGAGAUGGAUUGGGUUUUCCGACCGAAAACAGAAGGAAAGGAUGGUGGUUGUGAAAGCUGACGGUGUUCUACGAGGGGAGAACACUAUUCCAAUCGUUAAAGGGGCUCCCGUUCCCUUAAUGACUUUCGGCCGCAUGGGAUUAAAGAGGAUUGGAGCAAUUAGGGCUAUGGUUGGGAGCUCAUGGAGCCAAGGGAGGUGGUUGGGCUUGGUUGGAGGACCAUGCCCCUUCUUGCUGCUUAUUCCUCAAUGAAUAGAUAGGGCGGCAACUUGUGGGUUGGAGACUGUUUGUUGCCGAAAUCCCUUGCUCUCCCCAUGAAGCUGGUUAACUAGGUGAGGACGUCCAGUAGCUUCCGAUGCUCAUAGUGACACUCCUUUUCUACAUUAGUAGCCUUAUUUAACCCAUACAGUGAUUGCAAUUGUAGUCUCUAGUUGCAGAUGGCUCUCUUUACUUAAUUGUCUAUAUUCGUCAUGGGCAUAGUUUAAAUCUGUUACUAGGCUGUAGGUUAUGCUUCUGUUUCUGCUUGUUAGGCUCUCAUGCUUUAGGCUAUAUGCCAUGUGAUGGAGUUUUUACUGUACGUUCUUAUUAUUCAAUAUAUUUCUCCAUUUCUU